GCUACCUGUUAUGAAAUCUUCGACGGAUGAUACAAAAACACGUGUUCUUUACACUUUAGCUGACAAAGUUUUGAGUAAUUCGGGUAAAUUUAAGAAAGUUUAGGUGGGUAGGUAAAAGAAAGUGAACAGGCGUGAAGCAAGGGUAGUUUUAAGUAAGUCAAUCGGUAGAAUCGGAAAGUUUAUGUGGAUGAUUGAAGGGAAAGUAGUGAAGCAGGAGAGCGGCCAUUUUAUGUUAGUAUGACGUAGAGGCUGGGUGUAGCUUCGCGUUCAACCGUCCGUGUUCUUUGGAAAAGGCGAGAAAAUCUGAAUUCUGAUGCUGGGGUCGAGGUAAAUGCACGUACCACGCACUGAACGUGUGAACCGUAAAUUAAGCCGAAGGAAAGUAAGGAAAUUAGUUAAAUAAGGAAGUACAGGCGUCGUGAAAGAGCGAGCAUGAGCGAAGAAAGCAAUCCGCGAACGCUCUAUGUGGGAAAUCUAGACACUUCGGUGUCGGAGGAACUAUUGUGCGCACUUUUUUCACAAAUAGGUGCAGUUAAAGGAUGCAAGAUUAUACGAGAACCAGGGAACGACCCAUAUGCAUUCGUCGAAUUUACGAAUCAUCAAUGCGCGGCUACAGCGCUAGCCGCCAUGAACAAGCGAUCCUUCCUGAAUAAGGAAAUGAAGGUUAACUGGGCAACGAGCCCUGGAAAUCAGCCGAAGUUGGACACAAGUAAUCAUCAUCACAUAUUUGUCGGCGACCUGUCGCCAGAAAUCGAAACACAAACUUUGAAAGAAGCAUUCGCGCCUUUUGGCGAAAUUAGCAAUUGUAGAAUUGUCCGCGAUCCACAAACUAUGAAAAGUAAAGGAUAUGCUUUUGUAUCAUUUGUCAAAAAGUCUGAAGCUGAGGCAGCGAUAGCAGCUAUGAAUGGUCAGUGGCUUGGAUCUAGAAGCAUCAGGACAAAUUGGUCGACUAGAAAACCGCCACCACCAAGAUCCGAAAGGCCACGACAUUCAAAUAAUAGUAAACCUAACUAUGAAGAGGUAUAUAACCAAAGUAGUCCAACUAAUUGCACAGUAUACUGUGGAGGUUUUACAAAUGGCAUUACAGAUGACCUGAUAACCAAAACAUUUUCUCCCUUUGGUACUAUACAAGAUAUAAGAGUAUUUAAGGAUAAAGGAUAUGCAUUCAUAAAAUUUACUACUAAGGAAGCUGCAACACAUGCCAUAGAAUCAACACAUAACACAGAAAUUAAUGGUAGCAUUGUUAAAUGUUUCUGGGGAAAAGAAAAUGGAGAUCCUAAUAGUGUGGGCCCAAAUGCAAAUCACCAAGCUCAACAGGUUACAGCUGGGGCUGGACAAUAUGCAUAUGGAUAUGGCCAGCAAAUGAGUUACUGGUAUCCUCAAGGAUAUCCACAAAUGCAAGGUCAAUUUUUACAGCCUGCUCAGUACUAUGGUCAAUAUUAUGGACAACAGGCUCAAUAUAUGAAUAGCAUGCGAAUGCCUGCUCCUGGUGCAGGUACAUGGCAACCAGCACAAGCGACCGCCGCACCGCCGACUGCAACUGCACCAUUGCCACCAGGUCAGCAACCUGCAAUGGUAACAUAUACCAUGCCACAAUACCCCACGCAAUGAAACUGAUCAUUGAUCAACAUCAACUAAUUGUUACAUAUGAUACAUUUGCCCUUGGGGCGUUUGCAAAAUCUGUUCUGUCAUAUACCUAUUCCAACAAGUUUAUUGGUAUUUUGACUGCAGCAUCAUAUGUACAAAUUUUCCAGUUGUACUUCGAUUGAAGUAUUAUACAAAAAGAAAUCCUCAAAUUUGGUUGUAUCAAUAUCGAUUGGUAUUAUAUUUCAAAAGACUUUAUCAAAAGUUCAAAGUGAUAUAUAUAUUGAAUAUAUACACUGAGAUAUUUAAAUAUACAUCUUUCUUAUAUGUUUUCCUUGCCAAACAAUAGAAACGUAUACCAUUGUAACAAAUACAAAUAUAUCUUGCAAUUUUCAUUGAAAAAGGAAAUAUCAUAGCAGUCGAUCCAUCAGUGUAAUAUAACAAUUUUUUCAAGACGAUUUUUAUGCUGUUGAAUGAGGUAUAUUUCUGAAUUUAAAAUUGCAGCCCCUUGAUGAGCCCUGCAUUCGUUGUGCUGCGUAAGGUGUACGUAUGUAUGCGAACAUUGCGUUGUUAUAUUUUUAAUAUUUUUGCCACAAUUACCAAUCUUUAGUUUAUUUCAAAUCAUUAAUGAACAGAGAUAAAUGUUCAUUUAUGGUAAACACAAAGUAUGACAUUGAACAUAGUAUAAGAUAGGGAUUAUAGGUAGACACGGCGCCUGUGAUGUAGCUAGAUUUGGAUGCAUGCUUUGACGUGUGCAGGGCCCUUAUUAAAGUAAACUAUGCGAGUGGAUAAACGAGUUGUAAACUUUUCUCGUUUUGUGAUAUUUAUCGUCGGUGGUAAAUGUACAAAAAACAUUCUUAUAACAAAUUUUAAGAAAAUACUUCUGGAAGUGUCAAAAAUGAAAUAUUUUAUGCUGAAUUUAACUUAAUUGAAUAUACUUUGUUAUAUUGCUUAGUGACUCCUCUCCAUUUGUACAAAGAAAUAGCGAAUCUUGAUGUAAUUAUUACAAUGUAAUUUAAGUAUAAUGGUAAUGAUAAUGGUGAACACUUCCACUAAGAGUUGGAGUCACUAUUGUUCUACCUUUAUUGAUUUGUAUAUCAAUAGUUGAAAUUAUGUUCCUUUAAAUAUGUUGUAAAAUAUUCAGUUCUUUUCUUGUAAUAAUUAGUAUAUCAAUUGACAAUCACAUUUGAUGUUAUCUGAUAUUUUGACAUUAUUGCAAUUAUCACAUGGCACGAUACAUAUGCCUUCGUGUCUUCCAAUUACUAUACAGGUGAAAAUUAUUGCAGAACUUUAAUAUUUUCAAUUUUCAAUAAAGUUAGGUUUAAUAUUUAUUUAUUACGUUUUUUAAGAAUUUAUCAUUUUCAUUCUGAUUAUUUCUUGAAAACUUAUUUUCCAAAAUACGUUUCAUUAAGUUAAUAAAUAAAUAAUAAACAAAUUAGAGUGAGUUAGAGUAAAAUUUAUCGAUACUUCGCUUCACCACCGACGAUAAUAAGCCAUAAACCUUUCAAAACCAAUUUGUAUAAAGUCAGUACUGAAUGUAAUAACAGAAGAAACAUAAAAUCGAAUAUAGCAAUGAUUGACUGCGAUAAGUGAUAUCGAACUAUGGAGAGCCAAUUUAAGAAAAAAAACUUGUCUAUGGAUUAAUAAUAAUCAGUGAACCGAUGGAAGACAUAAAAAAAAAUGUUAUAUAAAAAGUAAUUUAGGUACAGUAGGGUGCGAAGCCCUCGAAGAUGCUUAGGAUAAUGUUAUCUUAUAAUAAAAACAAAUUGUCCUUUGAAUGAAAAAAAAGGAAUAAAUAUUUAAAAUACACAAUAUUUUGUAUUAUUUCAUAGCCCACGUUAUUAUAAAAUAUAAAGUUAUGAAAUAAUAACAAAAGUGACUUUUUAAAUUUAUAAGAAACGUAGUACCUUCGUUUAUAACUGGUUAAAUGUAAAAAUAAUAUAAUAAGUUUUUUAAGUACAUACAAGGUAAUUUUAUUUUACAGCCGACAUACUUUUACAAUAAUUGUUUACGUUAACCGAGCAUAUUUUUUUCUGCAAACUAUCUCGUCAAGCACUUAAAACACUUGAUGACUUAUGUAGAAGAUAUAAUUCUGACUGAUUUUUUGACACAAUAAAAUUUAACGUUAAGUACAAUGUUUGCGAUUUAUUGAAGGAAACACAACUUCUGUAUAAAAGGGGCGUCGUUAUGUUUGAUUUAAACGGAAAACAUUACGCUGGUUAUACCAUUACUAUAAAAUAAAAAUAUUUCUUUGGUGAAUAUUAUAGCAAUGUCAAGUUAGAAUAUUUUAAUACUUUAAUUAAAACUGAAUUCGGUAAUACUGUGAAUAAUUUAAUUAAUUUUCACGUGAAAAUUGCGAGCAUUCCUUUUCUAAAAUGAAAUGCGCUAGAAUAAUUUGUACUGUACACUUUAUUACACAAUACAUGCGUUCCUCGAUCUCGAUCACACGGCGGCAAAAUACUAAGUAGGAUAUCUUGUAUUUUUGUACAAUAAGUGGCACUAUACUAUUCAGUUACAUUCGAAAAUUACUAUUUAAUUGCAUGAUGUCACUGAGUAUAUAGAUGUUAAUUAAAUAUGUAUUUGUUAAUUGUUUCAUCAAGCGAACUAGGAUAUAAUAUAUUAAAAGAAGGAGUUGCUCAACGAAAAUUUUAGUUUGCAAUCUACAAUUAUAAUCUGUCUACCUUGUUCUACAUAUUUUUUUACGUAAUUUAUGAUAUUGUUGAGAAAUAUAGAUUUGGCAUUUAAUCAAAGUAUAAUUGAAAAAAGAUCUAUGAAAAACAUCAUUCACGAAAUAAAAAUAAGUUUUGUAAGUUUUAUGUUACGUUUUAUCAAAUCAGUUACUACUUAUUUUGCAAACAUCACUAUCAUUUUAGUAAAAUUGCAUAUUAGUGCAUAUUAAAAGUGGUUUGAAAUAUCUUAAAAUCAAUUUUAUGCGGUUACCAAAAUAACUUUUAUCCUUUUGUAAUAUCGAGAAAAAGAGGGCUGAAACUUACAAUUAAGGAAACAUAAUUUGUGUAGUCAUGCACAGACAUUUCUUAUAAUUAAUUCACAUUUGAUUACUUUUAAUUUACGCAGCAAUAAUUAAUAUUAGCAUUAUUAUUUGCUUAUAUUCUUAAGAAAUUUCCUAUUACAAGUUUUUAUAAAAGUAGCAAAAUAACUUAAUUGAGGCUGAGCGUGUUUUUAACAUGGAAGGCCAGGGUUGUAAAUAGAGAUAUACCCAUAUUGAUAACAGUCUGUUGUGCAAGAUCAUUGAUAAAAUUCGG